AUGUCGGAUCGUCGAUGCCAUACAUACUCUUCUCCUCGGAUAACGGACGACCUCCACCCUUUCUUGUGUGCCUCUGUACCUGUUCAAUUUCUGAGCGCGUGUUUGUGUGGGUUUGUGUGGGUGUCUGACUCUGUCUGCCUGGCUUGGUGUGUGCACAGCUCUGUAGAUUUUCAACACUUACACGCAAGAAACAUUACCCGGCCCACGCACCACCCAACGAUGGGAAAUAAACCCCGGUACCUGGAAAGCAUGCCCGAGUAUGUUACGCCCGCGUCAGGGUAG